GCACUUCAUGGGUCGCUGCUUGGAACACUUUGUGGGUCACAAGAGUCUGCUGCUUAUGUGCACAUAUCUAGGUCUAUAUCUUAAUGUCUCUCUAUAUAUAUGUGUGUGUCUAUGUGUUGGAUUUGGACCACUCAAGUCUCAAGCAUAGGCUUAAUCCUCCAAAAUAUUUAAUGCUCUGACCCUGAUCCAGCAAAUCCCAUGGGCAAAUGUAAUGAGGCUGUUGGAGGAGUCGGAGGCUGUGGCAUGUGGUGACAGGAUGGUUUUUAAGCAUGUCUGGCACUGAAAGGUGAAUAAUUUCCUGCUCCUGGAAGAAUUUGCCUGCAGGGCUGGUGGAGACGAGGUUGGUGUGAUCAGAGGUGCAGCCAGAAUAAGCUCCAUAAGUAGCACUCUUGAACACCUCUUUAUCCUGUAAGUUAUCCUCUGCACAGGAUUAGGGAUGGAGGAGAAGCAUUAAGGCUCUAAUAGCAAACAAACUGCUUUCUUUGCCUAAUGGUGCAUCUCUUGGAUCUCCAUGAUGUGGACAGUCUUCAGCCUGCUUCUUGUCAGCUCCCUUUUUGUCCUCAAAAGUGAGGCACUGCAGUGUUACACCUGUGUAGGUUCUAGUGAUGACGACUGCAACAGACAAGGAAGUCAGCAGUGCCCAGGCCAUGCAGAUGCCUGUGCAGUCAUUAGAGGACAAGCAAGUGGCAUCAUGAAGUCCUGCUCGUUCAGGUCCUUCUGCGAGCGGGCGAGGCGUGACGGGUCGAGAGCGCCCGGGGUGAGCGUCCACUGCUGCUACUCCAACAACUGCAACGCCAGGAGCCUGGCUCCCAGGGUCACCUGCUCCAGCAGCUACUUCUCCCUCCUCAUCCUCACUCUGCUCUGGCACCCCUUGUUGAAGCUGACAUGAGGGGAAAAAAGAAGAAAAAAAAAAAAAGAAGAGUAUCCUGAAGCAACAACUCUGCCUUCUUAGCAAGGAAUGAUAAUAUUUCCUAAUCACGUUGCUCCAUGUACCAUUUAUCUCACUAGGCAAAAAGCUGUAGGAAGACCUGACAGAUGUUUAGAUAAAAAUUGUUUCAUCUGCUAAAUAGGUCUUGAUCUCAGUGUAAGAAACGCUGCCCUGUUGCUUAUCCUGAGGGGUUGAUUGUGUGAAUACAUCACAUUUUCCUGCAAUUUGGAUAAGGAGAAAUCUUUGCUGCAGGUCACCCGGUAGUAGGGUAAAGGGCAAAUGUCUGCCAAAUGCUUUUCACUGUUGGCAGAUAUUCAAAAGCAAGCUGAAAUUUUCAAGCACAAAGUGUCUGAAAAUUCUAGCAAGCAAGGUAAUCUUUCAGAGCAUAUUGGUGUGCUGGACAAAAGGAAACUUGAAAUACAGAUGAUUUAGUAUUAAUGCAAACUGGUAAGAGAAGGUGAUUAAGAGAAUGAGGAGGUAUAUUCUGUUGUAUAUGCUAUGUUCCUGGCAGAGGGGCUGGUACUGGAUGGUCUUUAAGGUCCCUUCCAACCCAAACCAUUCAAUGCUUCUAUGUUUGUGUGUAUUUCCUUGGGAAAACCACCUUCCAGUCUUCUCUUUUCUCAUCCUUUGAGAAUUUUACCACAGUAUCAGAAGAAGAAGAAGAAAAAAGAAGAAUUUGGAAGCUGUUUUUGAACUGGUACUCCAUCCAAAGAUUGGCUCAAUCUAUCUCCCCUGCUGGUUUUAAAAACAAGUGAUUAAUCCCUCUCUUGUAGGCAAAUUAUAACUUGAGUUUAUAAUUCUUGAGGUUUCAGUUAUGUAAAUAAUUCUCUACUGCCCUGAACUGCAGCCUUUGAGAGUAAGAGUGUAUAUAUCUAUACAGGUCUCUCCCUUCAGUGAUGGAGUCGAGGUGGUUUGUGUAUCCUUUUCAUUUUGCAAAGUGAAAGAAAUUACUUGGAGGUCUUUAGAGGAGUAAAGAGGGACUAAAUCAAUAUUUUUAAUAGACCCAUUCAUGGCAGUUUUACCAAGUAAAUGAUCCAGAAGGGGUCACAUAGUAGAAGGCACUGUGCAUCACUACCUCCUUUGAUCCAAAACUCAGAGCACCAGGCAAGCAGAUGAGUGAAGUUUGUAGAUUUUAAUGUCCAGCUGUGAUGAUCUCAUCCAACCCCUGGCACACAACGUGCACAGGAUUGGCUGAAAGUCCAGCUGGUGUAACUGAAGUAGAGGUGGUCUUUCCAGUUCUAGUUUUAGUUGCCUGGUAGGAAAAUGGUUAGGUCAUCGAAUUUAUGGAACUCACAAAAUACGUGGCAAAGUAGUUUUUCCCCUAGCUUUGUGUUGUGACUUUUUUCAGUAUAAUUCUUUGAAAAAUCAGUUCUGGGCAGUGUGUUGUAGAAUUCUUCACAUUGACCAAAAUUCUGUUCAGUUUGCAAACUCUAGAGUGCUGCAAGGUCAAUGAGUGCAUCCUCCCUGCAGAGCAUAACCCUUGCCUGCCUUGUAGCUGUCACAGGGGCCAAGCUGUCUCCUUGUUUUACUGUGCUCUUUGCCCAGUGUGGAUCCUUCCAUCAUCUCAUGUAGGUUGUGGCUUCAGACUGGCUGGAUUCCCCUGGGGUUUUGUUCAGGUGGGCUCAGACAAGGCAGUUUGGUCUAUUUUUAGUCUCUAGGCACCACUCUGAUAAAGCUGUUGAAUAUAAAGAUUGCAACAAUGCAGCAGAUCUUGGCUGAGAAUGUUAAUUUGGACUCCAGUGUCUCAUCUGUAUAAAAUAUCACUUAAAUUGGUGUAAGUAUUUUUCAUUUCAUUCUCAGCUUGGAGCAGUUCCUUCAAUCUCUUCUGCUACAGGAAGCAGGUAUUGAUUGUAUCUUUAUCUUCAUAUGGUUCUGUAAUGAUAAAUCUGUAUUGAAUGUAAUCUCUGUAUGUGCUCAGUGCAUUUCCUUAAUGAGAAAAUAAAUUACAUGCAAUGGCUGACAUUGUC